AUGUCGAUGGCUCGGCUAUCAGCCAAAGAUAGUAAUUCAGAACCUAAAAGAGCCAGAAUAGAGGCCCCGUUAGUCUUGGGCUUCUCAGCCGAUGAUAAGAUUAGAACUAUCCAACCCCGUGACGAUGCUUUAGUGGUCACACUUAGGAUAGGGGGGUACGAUGUGAGAAAAGUGUUGGUAGAUCAGGGAAGUGCUGUCGAAAUAAUGUAUCCCGAUCUGUACAAGGGGCUAAAUUUGAAACCCGAAGACCUGACAGCGUAUGAUUCCCCACUAGUAAGUUUCAAGAGGAAGACAGUUACUCUAAGAGGUCAAAUUAGACUGCCAAUACAGACCGGUUUGGAUGUAGUGGAAGUGGACUUCAUUGUGGUGGAUGCUUAUUCACCUUAUAUGGCUAUUGUGGCCAGGCCUUGGCUCCAUGCUUUAGAAACCGUUUCUUCUACCCUCCACCAGAAGGUAAAAUAUCCGUCCAACAGCCAAGUUAAAGAGAUUGUAGGGAAUCAAUCCAUGGCUAGACAGUGCAUGGUGGCUACCAUCUUGCAUAGGCCCAAUACGGAGUCCUCAGCUUCUGUUGAAAGGAACUCAUAG